AUGAAAGACAGAAGAACAGAAAAACAAAAGUUUUCAAACGAUUUUCCUUCAUUGGUUUAUUUAGUUAGAAAUAAUUCGUAUCCAGUGCAUUCAGAUUUUACUACAUUUUUAUCGAGAUUAAAAACGUAUAAUUCAUUUCCAUCUACUUUAUGUCAAAAUAAAUAUUCGUUAUCUGAGGCUGGAUUUAAGUAUUCAGGAACUGCUGACAUAGUCGAAUGUUUUUAUUGCGGACAGCGGACUGGUCUUACAAAAAUGGACUAA